AUGAGAAAAACAACCCACAGUUGCUUCUUACUGAUAAUCCUUCUAACUAGAAUGGUUCCAAGUCUUUCUUCUACUGUAAAUUAUACUGAUCCUACAGUAGAGCCUGUAGUAACUGAAAAUUCAGUCAUACGGCAGAAGAUAAUAGAUUCACAGUUCAAAUGCUAUGAAAGGAUGAACAGAGCUCCUCCAUAUAAGAAAAAAGGUCUGUUCUGCAACCGAACAUGGGACGGCUGGUUGUGCUGGGACGACACACCUGCUGGAAGAAUCACUGCUCAGAAUUGUCCAGAUUAUUUUCCAGACUUUGAUCCAACUGAGAGGGCUUCAAAAUACUGUGAUGAAACUGGAAACUGGUUCCGCCAUCCUGAGAGCAACCGAACGUGGUCCAACUAUACCCUGUGCAACUCUUUCACCUCUGAAAAACUGAAGAUGGCGUUCAUACUUUAUUAUAUGGCGAUCGUUGGCCAUGCUUUGUCUAUAACAUCCCUGUUGAUUUCCUUGGCAAUUUUCUUCUAUUUCAAGAGCCUCAGCUGUCAAAGGAUAACACUGCAUAAGAAUUUGUUUUUUUCUUACGUGCUGAACUCCGUGUUUACAAUUGCCCACCUCAUUGCUGUCGUGCCUAACCCGAGCCUUGUAAAAAAAGAUCCUGUAAGCUGCAAAGUGCUGCAGUUCUUCCAUCAGUACAUGUUGGGCUGCAACUACUUCUGGAUGCUCUGCGAAGGCAUUUAUCUUCACACAUUGAUUGUGGUGGCAGUGUUUGCUGAAGAGCAGCGUUUGCACUGGUAUUACCUCUUGGGCUGGGGGUUCCCUUUAGUGCCAGCAUCUAUUCAUGCUGUUGCAAGAGCCAGAUACUUCAAUGACAACUGCUGGAUGAGUGUUGACACACACUUGCUCUAUAUUGUUCACGGACCUGUAAUGGCAGCUUUAUUGGUCAAUUUUUUCUUUUUGCUUAACAUUGUCCGAGUUUUGGUGACAAAGCUGAGAGAUACCCACCGUGCUGAGUCCAACAUGUACAUGAAAGCUGUCAGAGCCACUUUAAUCCUGGUGCCCUUACUAGGAAUUCAGUUUGUUAUUAUUCCCUGGAGACCAGAAAACCGACUUGCUGGAGAAAUAUAUGAUUACAUCAUGCAUAUAUUAAUGCAUUACCAGGGCUUACUUGUGGCAACUAUAUUCUGCUUCUUCAAUGGUGAGGUGCAAGGAGCUCUGAAGAGGCAAUGGACACAGUACAAAACCCAGUGGGGCCAAAGGCGUCGAGACCACUGUUCCAUGCGAUCUACCUCCUACACUGCAACAUCAAUCACAGAGGUCCCGGUUUACCUGUACCAUCAUGAUUCCAACAAUGAACAGUUAAAUGGAAGAUACAUAGAGGACUCUGAACUCGUCGCAUUAAAAUCUGGAGAGACAUCUACCUAGCCCAGCACCAGCCAUCGCAAACACAUCAUUUCACAUUCUGCUUGUGAACAAAGUGGGGAGAGGGAUGGAUUUGGGGAAACCCAAGCCUCUGUCAGAGAGCAAGACCAGGUGAAAGGACACAUCAUAUUCAAACCGCAUCAGCCUCUGACAGCAGUGGCACAGAGGGGUCUGACGCAGACUGGGAAUAGCAUUUCUUCCUGUGUGCUGCAGCAGGGAGUGAACAUGGACCUGCCUGCCAGGCUAUGUAAUCUCCACACCUCCUGAUACCAGCUCUAUGAAGUGACCAUCUGACAGUUGUAACAGUGCCAGGUAGCCCAUAGCAAAUAGGAAAGAAAGAAUGAAUAUGUGGCAAUUGGAAACUUUCAGCACUUUUUGAUUUUGGUACUUUUCUUUAACACCAGAUUUUGAACUAUCAGCUUCCACAAGAUGUAACUAGCUUGGAGUCCUUUAUUCUUCCCCUUCCAAUGAGCAGGAUGACUGCUUAAAAGAUUUUGCACAUUGCGAGACAAAUCAGAUGAACAUAAAAAGUCACUCCAAAAUAUUCAAAUCUUGAUGAUCUCCCAAGGACACCCCGAAUAUUGCUGACCCCAAAGAAUACCCCAAAAUAAUAUCAUCCCAUUAGCAGGUGCAUAAAGCAAAUGAAGAUGAAAUAGUCAUCGCAUACCAAGAUCUCAAACACCAUCAGAGAAACAGAUCAGUUCUUUAGGCUACAUCACACAAGUCCUGAAGCCAUCUCGAAUAGGUUGGUUUUUUUUAACAAUACUCAUAGUUCAGGAAUAUUUAUUUAUAAGAAAAAUUGUCACCCUAUUACUCUGCCCAGAAAUUCACCACAGAGACACAAUUCUUUCACUCUGAAUAAACUGUGAAAUUUUUUUGGAAAUUAUUAUUUUUUUUAAUAGCCAUUCUGAGAUGAAUGCUAGAUGAAUGCUUGUCUCUUAUGAAAUUAUGACCACAUCAGUAAAGGAUCCCAGCUAAGGAAUGAGAAACUAAUGUCAUAGCACAGGAAGUAUAUAUUUAUAGAAUCUGGUUGCUGUUCUGAGUCCCUAAUCAUAAAUUAGUCUUGCCUUAAUCUGUGAUAAUCUAUUUCAGAUUCUAUUGAAAUUAGCAGACAAAUCAAUGUUGACUUAGAUGAACAGUGAACAACUGUUCAGUGUUCAGAGAUGACUUACACAAUACAGUUUGGUGUAGACUUUGGAAACAGGAGACAAUUUCAUCCUUAGCGAUUUGAAACCAUUUUAAAAUACAGUGUUCGGCCAGGCUCAGUUUUUCCUUCCUGACAUAUCCAGACCCUAAGCUUUACCCUUCGUUUGUAAAUUUUAAACGAAAGGCUGCUGUACGUGUCCACCUACGUGAGUCAACACCUCACUGGAAAAGCCCCUUCCAGGAGUGAGUUUGUGAGGGAUAGGCAUAAACCCACAGCACUAGGGAAGGGACUGAAUUCUCAGUAUCCAGGUGUGAGGCAAUGCCUUGCAGGGAAGGGGUUUGCUCCGUUUGUGCCACCAGCACGCGCAUACAGCCACUGUGCUCCUCCAAAGCUUCCUCUCCGAUGUGAGGGGCGAGCUGCUGGCGCUGCGGCCAUGGAACGAGAGAGGAGCUGGGGAACAAGAACAAACUGUCCACCAACCAACGGUGGAGAUCAUCACAUGGUUAAUCCAGCGGGAUGUUUACAAGAAAAUAUGAUCGUGUGCAUUUGUUCAAGCCACAAUACCUAUUUUUCAGACUUCAAGGAAUACAAAUGUGGUUAUUUUUUCAGACAACAGUAUUUCGUGUAUUGCUAUUUCUACUUUUACUGAUGAACAACGGGAAAUUGAGGAUUUAGUUAUUAGAGACAAUAAAGUGGCUCUGUUAUGAAUGCUGUAUUUCUGAAUAGCUUUGGGGCACGCUGCACUUCCCAGGAGUGCUCCUGAAGGCAUUCCUAGUUUCUAAAGGCACAAAUAAGCUGAUUGUAAAAGAAGCAUGCAUGAUAUAUAUGGAGAGUUUAAUAAUGAACAUGUUGGUUUUAAUAAUGUACAUGUUUACAACAUGUAAGUGCAAGUCGUUUCACAGUCUUUUGUGUUCAUGUGGAUGUACAAAAUGGAAACGCUUUGCCAUUAUAGUGGUUGUUUUCUUCACUAAUGAUAUUUUCUUGCUCCGUUUGGUAGAAUGCUCUGGAAAGCCAAUUUGGGAUCUGGGGUUUAGGAUCUCAGUUUGAGCUUCAGGUGGUGGAAACACUGUGUGGUUACGUCAGUCUUUGUGGCAGUUUUGGUUUCAGUGGAGGGAUGAUGAUUUGAAGGCACUGAAAAUUGGAUCUAACAUACAUAGUGAGUUUAGGGUUGUCAGGAAAGGCUGUGUUUUAGAGGUACUUACUGAGUAAUUUCUGAUCAAAAUAUUUCCUGAUGGAAAAUGCUUUUUCUUCAUCUCAAGAUGUUUUGAAAUGUAGGUAUAUUUCACUUCUCUGCUUUAUAAAUAGUACCAUACACUAGUGAUAGUAAUAUUGGGAAUGCCGAUAUGACCUCAGUAAUUACAAUGUCUUGGCAGUAUGGUGUUCUGUGUCUAACACAUUUCACAGGAACAGCAGAAAUGCAUAAUUAAUGUAUCCACGUAACAAAAAGCAGGAAAGCAGCUGACACUUGAAUCAGUGGAUACCAGGUGUAUUUUAAGAGGAAACCAACCUUCCAUUAAUCACCUCUGCAGUAUCUGUUCCCUCUCAAAAACCGUACCCAACACAUGAAAACCCAGUUUAGCGAACAUUUACUCUGGCAGCAGGUUUGUGUAAUUGCUUUGUCUGAGCAACUAAAUCUAUCAGGAAGAUGCUGGUUGUUAUUCUUUACUAGGUACAGAAACACAGCGCAAAUUAAAAGACUUGUUGUGGCAUGGGAUGCCGAAAGUAAGAUUUGCUUUUUAUUUUAUUUACUUAAUAAAUAUGUGUUAGCUGUAA